UGAGCCGACCAGUGUGAGCGCUAUUGAGCAGCCGUCAACAUCAGCAUUACGCAGCACAGGAGGAAGUUUCGAAAAUCAGGCCAAACUAUACGUACCCCAUCACUAUGGCAACCAGACUGGACACAAAGGUUAACUGUGAUGUCAUGAUCAGUUACCAAAAGAAUGACUUGGAUUUUACUCGUAAAUUAGCAGAAAAGUUUGAAGAGCAGGGAUGGAAGGUUUGGUUUGCAGACCCUGAUAUGGAGCACCGUAUGAUGGUCAAUCAAAAAGGAGAAGCCAUCCUCUCAUGCAAGGUGUUUGUCACUGUGAUCACAGACACCUCGGCCAAAGAUACCCAGUGUCAAGAUGAGCUAGCGCUGGCCUAUAUUUCCAACUCCUCUGUAUUCCCAGUCAGUCUCAAGAAAUACAGAGAAAUCGGCCCAAUGCUUGAUGGAGGAAUGAAGUUAAUGUUAGCAAAGAUCAACUGGACCUUCUUUUUCAAAGAAGAAUUAUUUGUGCAGAAUAUGCCAGCUUUGUUGAGUUCCAUAGGGAAGGUUAUUGAAGAAAAGACAGAAGAAAUCACAGCACCCGAGUCGUUUGAUGAUGGUACAAUCCAGUUCCAUGGUAUGAAUAUAAAUGUCCAUGACAAAUUAAAUGAUGAUUCAGAGGGAGAGGAGGAUGAAGAUGAAGGGGAGUCGUCAGCCAAUAAAUCGGAGCAAAUCCAGACGUCAGACACUAGCAUGCUGAGCUAUGACUUCUGGGAUAGAUCCUUCGGGGAGAAGACUGAGGUAACCUGGGUGGAGUUUAAGAAGAAGUUUGAGGUUGAGUACAGGGAAAAGAUUGUAAAGACAUACACAGAGGAAGAGUGUAAGCUGUUUGUGAACUUGAUCUACAAAGAUAUUUUUAUGCUGAACAAAACCAUGAAGAAGGCAACCUAUGAUCAGUUCUGUGAGGGAAACCCCUCUGCUGAUCCCCACCGGUUUUACCAUCGACUGGCUCAGUAUGCCAAGGGAUACCACGCCAUGAGGGAAGUCUUCAAUAUGGAUAGUACACUUAGACUCAUCACCAUACAGAAGCUAGGUAUUGCAUGCAAUUUGUUUCUUUUGCUAUUAAAGCUGAAAGAAUAACAAAAUAAAUUAUCAUAAGAUUAAGCUUUGA